AUUUGUCGAGCUCAUUUCUCUGUUCUGAGCAAGAUACCAAGUGCCGGAACAUAUGCACCCUACUCCAGGUUGGGAUGGCUAUUUCCAGUAGAAUUCCGUGGAUCGGUCACCAUCGUUCUUCCGAAGUUGCAUGAGCAGCUAGGCCCUCUGAUUCGUAUCAGUCCUCGCGAGGUCUCGUUCUAUUCGAUCGAAGUGUACGACCUGGUUCACAAAGUUGGUAGUAAAUUCCAGAAAGAUCCUCGAGUUUAUGGGGAGUUUGUGCAAGGCGAAAAUCCUGCUUUAUUCUCCAUCACGGACCCGGGAGAGCAUUCAAAGCGCCGCCGUAUGAUGGGUCAGCUUUACAACAAGAGCAAGAUUGAUAAGCUCCAAGAGCUCAUGCAACUUCACAUCGCUCGAUGGUUAGAGGCUGCUAGAAGAAGACCAUCUGGGUUUGACGUCGUACCUGCUUGCAGGGCACUGGAAGCCGACAUCAUCUCUGACUUCUCGCUUGGGACUCCCAUCGGCGCCCUCGACGCAUGGAUGGAGGGGAAAGAGCUCGGCAUGGUAUCAAAAAAUGAUGAAAAGGCGACCUGGAUGCCUCCUUUGUUAACCCAUAUCCUUUGGGCCCUUGCACACAACCCAAAAUACCAAGAGGAGCUAUACCACAAUCUUUCGAAAGCAGGCUACCCCUCUGAUAUCGCCAGCCUUGAAACAGUGCCCAAGUUGGUAGCUUGUGUGAAAGAGGGUAUACGCUGGGCAGGAGCAGCAGCAGCGAUGUUACCUCGCGUCGUUCCCCCAGGUGGCAUUGAUUUGCAUGGUAGUUUCAUUCCAGAAGGGACUGUCCUCGUUUCGUCUCCCAUUUGGUAUCUGCGUGAUCCGGGUGCAUUUCCGAUGCCAGAAUACUACGAUCCAUAUCGAUGGCUAACACCAGAUGGAUCUGCUCUGAGUGAAGACCAAGAACGGGAUCGGUUCUUUAUACCAUUCUCCAAGGGUCCAAAUGUUUGCAUAGGCCGUCAUUUCUCAUUCUAUGAAUUGUAUCUCUCAGUCUCACAAACAGUUCAAUUCUGUCGGAUCCAACGGCCUGAAAAUGGUACUUUUUCUCCAAAUCUCAAGACAACGAAUUCUAUGGAGCGGAAUUGGAACGUCGUGGAACUACCUGCCAGGAAGGAAUGGGUGGCCGCUUGUGUGACUGAAGAUCUAAAUGUUGUUUUAAAGGAUCGAAAAGAUUAG